ACUGUUUUCCAGAUUUGGCCAGUCUUUGUCCUGAUAUUCCUAAAGCUGAGUCCAGUUAAGAGAGCCAAACAUGAGUACUAAAAGCAUUCUAGGCUGCCUCUUCCUGACUCUCCUUUUCAGCCUCUGCCAAUCUGGGCUGGUGAGAAAAAUACUUAGGCAUAAACGGGCGACUCUGACAGCCCCGGGCGGAGACAACAUAACCCUCCCCAGUGCUGACCAGCCAGUGAUCUUCAACCAUGUCUACAACAUCAACGUCCCCGCUAGCUCCUUGUGCUCAGUGGACCUGGAUGCUCCAGGAAGUACCAGCCUUGAGCCCCAGGACGCAGUUCCGCCAUCAGGCCUCCACACCACCGAACAUACCAUGGAUGGGCAGAACCAGAUUGUUUUCACCCACCGCAUUAACAUUCCUCAGCAGGCGUGUGCAUGCACCGAAGGGUUCCCGGAUUUGAAGGACCUCCUGAGCAGGUUGGAGAUGCUGGAGGGAGAGCUGUCCACGCUGAGAGAUCAGUGCACUACUGGAGAAUCUGGCUUCUGCAGCGCUCAGCCAGUCACAGGUGAGGUGGGGACCAAGCCUUACUGCAAUGGCCGUGGCAACUACAGUGCAGACACCUGUGGCUGUAUUUGCAAGCCUGGCUGGAAGGGACCCAACUGCACUGAGUCUGAAUGCCCCAAUGACUGCCAGGACCAAGGUCGAUGCGUAGACGGGAAAUGCAUCUGCUUCGAGGGCUUUGGCGGGAACGACUGUUUGCUUGAGGUUUGCAAAGUGGACUGUGGUGAGAACGGACAAUGCAUUGGCGGGGUCUGCAUCUGUGCCGAGGGUUUCACUGGAGAGGACUGUUCUCAGACGGACUGCCUGAACAACUGCCUAGGCCGUGGAAAGUGUGUUGAUGAGGAGUGUGUGUGUGAAGAGCCCUGGACGGGUUCUGACUGCUCGGAACUCAUCUGCCCCAACGACUGCUAUGACCGUGGACGCUGCGUCAAUGGAACCUGCUACUGCGAAGAAGGUUUCACCGGGGAGGACUGUGGGGAGACAACCUGCCCCAGCGACUGCAUGAGUCAUGGUUUCUGUGUGGACGGCCAGUGUGUCUGCAGCUCUGGCUACACCGGAGAGGACUGCUCCAAGCUCACCUGCCCCGGUGAUUGCAACAAUAGAGGUACCUGCUUCAAUGGCAUGUGUAUCUGCGAUGCUGGCUACCAAGGAGAAGACUGUAGCCAGCUGGCUUGCCCCAACAACUGCCACAACAGGGGGCAGUGUGUCAAUGGGCAGUGCCACUGCGACGUAGGCUACCAGGGAGAGGACUGCUCUGAGCUCUCCUGCCCCAAUAACUGCCUCAACCGGGGCCGCUGUGUCAACGGACAGUGUGUAUGCGAUGAAGGCUUUGGUGGAGAGGACUGCAGUAUUAAGACCUGCCCCUCGGACUGCUACGGCCGUGGAGACUGUGUGGACGGCCAGUGUGUCUGCUAUGCUGGCUUCACUGGUGAGGACUGCAGCGAGCUGAGCUGCCCCAACAACUGCCUGAACCGCGGACGCUGCGUUGACGGGCAGUGCGUCUGCGAUGAGGGCUUCACAGGGGAAGACUGCAGUGAGAAGCGCUGUCCCAAUGACUGCCUGGGCCAGGGAUACUGUGUGGAUGGAAAAUGUGCCUGCCAGGACAGCUAUGCGGGUGACGACUGCUCUGGACUCACCUGCCCUGAUAACUGCAACAACAGGGGGCACUGUGUUAAUGGGAAGUGCAUUUGUGAGGAGGGAUACGUGGGAGACAACUGCGGAGAUCUGAGCUGCCUCAACAACUGCCAGGACAAAGGCCGCUGUGUGAAUGGACAAUGUCUAUGUGAUGAGGGAUACAUCGGAGAAGACUGCUCAGAAGUUUCCCCUCCAAAGGACCUGACUGUAACAGAGGUCACCACUGAGACAGUGGACCUGACCUGGAAUAAUGAGAUGCUGGUGACAGAGUAUCUGAUCACUUAUGUGCCAAAUGGUCCUGGGGGUCUGUAUCAGGAGUUCACAGUGGGCGGAGACAAGACUGCUGCCACUGUCAGCGAGCUGGAGCCUGGCAUCGAGUACCUGAUCAACGUCUAUGCCAUCCUCAGCAACAAGAAGAGCAUCCCAAUCAGCGCCAGGGUGGCCACAUAUCUGCCAGAACCAGAAGGCUUGAAGUUUAAAUCGGUGAGGGAGACCUCGAUAGAGGUGCUGUGGGAUCAGCUGGACAUUCCUUUUGAUGCCUGGGAGCUCUACAUCCGCAACACGAAAGAGGAGAGUGGGAAGACCCUGACCACCCUUCCAUCCUCCCAGACCUUGUAUGAGCAGUCCGGGCUUGGUCCUGGUCAGGAGUACGAGGUUUCAGUGGGCGUCAUCAAGAACAAUACCAGGGGACCUCAGUCUACUAAAAUCAUCACUACCAGGAUUGAUGGGCCCAGGCAGGUAGAGGUGCGUGAUGUGACAGACAGCUCAGGAUUAGUCACCUGGUUCCAUCCCGUGGCUCAGGUGGAUGGUGUCACCGUGUCCUACGGCCCCAGCUCCGACCCCACAGAGAGGACCAGCGUGGACCUGUCCACCACAGACAAACAGUACAGCAUUGACAGCCUCAGCCCGGACACUGAGUACCAGGUGUCCCUGGUCUCCAGGAGGGGAAACAGCACCAGCGAUCCAGUCACUGAGAUAUUCACCACAGACCUGGACGCUCCCAAGGACCUGCAGCCACUGAGCCAGACAGACAACAGCGUCACACUGGAGUGGAGAAACAGCCGGGCAGACGUUGACAGCUACAGGGUGAAGUACAGCCCUAUCUCUGGGGGUUCCCAUGGCGAAGAGGUGUUCCCCCGUGGAUCAGGAGACAACACUCAGGCAACUAUCACUGGAUUGAAGCCAGGUACAGAGUACGGAAUUGGUGUGACCGCCAUGAAGAACGAGAGGGAGAGCCUGCCUGCCACCACAAACGCAGCAACCAACCUUGAUGGGCCCAAGGACUUGGAAGUGAGCGAGUCCACAGAGACCAGCAUGACACUGGUGUGGAAGAGACCCCGAGCCAAGAUCCCCGUCUACAGGCUGGUGUACAUCUCCAAGGAUGGCCGGAGGGAGGAGGUGGAGGUCCCUGGAACAGCCACCUCCUACAACCUAAACAACCUGACCCCUGGCAUGAUGUACACCAUCACCCUGGUUGCUGAGAGAGGCUCAAAGAAGAGCACACCUGCCACCCUGUCCGCAUCUACAGAGGAGCUGAGGCCUGUGGUGGCCAACCUCACAGUCUCUGACGUGACAUGGGACAGCUUCAAUGUGUACUGGACUCCCAAGGACGGGGAGUUUGAGAGCUUUGUCAUUGAGGUGACAAACUUAGAGGGAGGUCCAGAGAGUGAGAACCUCACCCUGUCGGCUGAUGCCUUCAACCUGGGCAUUUCUGGCCUGAGUCCUAACACUUUGUAUAGGAUUGGCCUGUACGGGCUCCACCAGGGCUCCUUCCAGGAGCCGGUGUAUACUGAAGUCACUACAGUGAGCGAGCCAGUGGUUGGCAAUCUGUAUGUAUCUAAUUUAACGUCAGAGAGUUUCUCCAUCUCCUGGAAUGGCACUGAGGGAGAGUUUGACGGUUAUGUCCUGGAGAUUAUUGAUUCAGAUUGGCUGAAGGAGCCAAAGGAAUAUAACAUAUCCCAGAAUGCAAUGUCUCAUGACAUCACAGGGCUAAGGCCCAGCACUGACUAUAUAGCCUACCUCACUGGGAUUGUCAAGGGAUCACGAACCCAUGCUGUCAGUAUUAUUGCAUCAACAGAGGCUGAGCCAGAAGUGGAGCACAUGUUUGUCUCGGACAUCACUUCAGACAGUUUCCGCCUGGCCUGGACCGCAGAUGAAGACAUGUUUGAUAGAUUUGUGAUCAAAAUUAAGGACUCCACAAAGUUUGCUCAUCCACAAGAAGUCAACGUCCUUGGUGACGAGCGAACCAAGGUUUUAACGGGACUCACAGGCGGCACCGAGUACGAAAUCGAGCUGUACGGUGUCACUUUGGAACAGCGCUCCCAACCAAUUACCGGUGUUGCUCGAACAGGCCUGGGCGCUCCAAGAGGCAUCCACUUCUCUGAAGUGACUGAGUCCUCGGCCAUAGUCCACUGGAUCAUGCCUCGUGCCAGAGUGGAUAGCUACCGCAUCAUCUAUGUGCCUCUCCAAGGAGGCAGCCCAAUGACAGUGCUAGCAGAUGGGACUGAGACCCAGGCCUUGUUGCCUAACAUGUUUCCAGGAGUGACCUAUCAGGUCACCAUCUUUGCUGGGAAGGGCCUGGAGGAGAGUGACCCGGGGGCAGAGAACAUCACCACAGCUCUGGACAGGCCUCAAGCUCUUUCUGCUGUCAACGUCACUGACACGACCGCCCUGCUGCUAUGGCAACCAGCUCAGGCCACCGUCGAUGGCUACGUCAUCACCUACAGCGCAGACUCAGUGACCCCAGUGAUGGAGCACGUUUCUGGGAACACGGUGGAGUUUGAGAUGGGCUCCCUAGUCCCUGCCACCCACUACACAGUUGGGGUGUACGCCAUGAGGGAGGCACAGAAGAGUGGCACCAUCACCACUGAAUUCACAACGGAUGUGGAUUCUCCUCAUGACCUGGCGGCCAGUAACGUCCAGACAGACAGUGCCACUCUCACCUGGAAGCCUCCGCGUGCCGCCAUCACCGGAUACAUCCUCACCUUCACCUCACCCGACGGCACAGUCCGGGAAGUUGUCCUGAGCCCUACAGCCACAUCGUACAGCAUGAGUGAGCUGAGUGGCUCUUCAGAGUACAGCGUCAGGCUACAGGCCAUCGCUGGAGCCCAGCGGAGCCGCCACGUCACCAAUGUCUUCACCACCAUUGGAGGGUUAUACAGAUACCCUAAGGACUGCUCGCAGGCUCUGCUGAAUGGAGACACGAUCUCUGGCACUUACAACAUCUACCUGGGAGGGGAAGAGAGCCAGCCCAUCCAGGUCUACUGUGACAUGAUCACGGACGGAGGAGGAUGGAUGGUGUUCCUGAGGCGCCAGAAUGGAAAUCUGGAGUUCUUCAGGAACUGGAAGAAUUACACCGGUGGCUUUGGGGACAUGAAUGAUGAAUUCUGGUUUGGUCUGGCCAACCUCCACAAGAUGACGGCAUCAGGCCAGUACGAGCUGCGUGUGGACCUGAGGGACAACGGGAAGUCGGCCUACGCUCAGUAUGACAAGUUCACCAUCGCAGAGCCACGUAGCCGCUACAAGUUGUACUUAGGAGGAUACAGCGGCACAGCAGGUGACUCUUUGAUCUAUCACCAUGGUCGGCCCUUCUCCACGUACGACAAUGACAACGACAUUGCAGUAACCAACUGUGCACUGUCCUAUAAGGGUGCCUUCUGGUACAAGAACUGCCAUCGUGUCAACCUCAUGGGAAAAUAUGGUGACAAUAGUCACAGCAAGGGUAUCAACUGGUUCCAUUGGAAGGGACACGAGUAUUCAAUCCAGUUCGUCGAGAUGAAGAUUAGACCCGUCAACUUCAGAAACGUUGAAAGCCGACGGAAAAGAUCAUAGACUUAAUACCUGUACAAGGUUUUAUUGUGAAGAUAUUUGGUGGAGGGUUUGGAAUGGUCAGUAUAGGCACUUUUGUGUGUUUGAUUUGUUUUAUUGUUUGUGUUCAUUGGAAAAUGUUCAAGCCAAAUAUGGCUCCUUAUAUUAUGUCCAAAGAUAUUUGAAUAUGCCAAUUAAGAAUAAGGCAGUUUGAUUAUGAAAUGUGAAACAAUGAAAGGAGAUUUCAGUUACUCUUAUUUUUAUGGUGAGGGUAAAAAUAGUAAGUUUCACUCUCGCUCUUAUGUUUUAUUCUCCCACACUGUUACAUUCUCUUUCUGGCAGUUGAUUAAAAAAACUUUAUGAGCACCGUUAAGCUUUUCAACUAGGCACAUGGAAAUAAUAACGUGGCUUGAUGCCACACCCCUCAGUCUCCCCAGACAUUGAGGGACGGGGAAAUAAAGCUAUCGAAGUUAAAGGAAAAUUCCACUCAAAAACUAUAUUUUCGUCCACUGUUGAUACAGUCCUACAAUGUUUUGCAUGUCAACAGAUACG